GAAAGUAUAGACGCGAGGGACGCCUCUAUGUUGCAGGCAAAUGGUCGCAGCAAGUCGUACUGCUCAGAACUUGCUCAGAACCAUCAGGCGCACGAAAAUAGCCGAAAUGCAUGUUGCAAUGAGGUUUCCUGACCGCGAAUCUCAGCCCCCUCUUGACCGGAGGCUCUGUCUAUACAUUCUUAAGUCUAUGAAGUGAAUGUAGCAGAAACGAAACUCCUGAUAGCAGCCCUGUUCACUGCAGUGAUACCUAAGUUUCUGCAAGACUCUCCGGCCGCAGCAUGCUCCAUUAGUGAGAAUAGGAGUAAAAAUUGCUACGCUCUGAUUGGCUAACACGAUACAAUGGUGGGAAUACAAGUGCUUGUUUAGAGAGCAGAGAAACGCGCAAGAGUUGAAGUAUCACUGUAUGUACAGCAAUAUUUUAGUUACUUUUUGCAAGCAUCCCCACCAUUUUAUUGCGCAUCAAAUCCACAGUGAAUACUGCCUUAAGAUUGAAUCGUCAACCAAUCAGAGCAAAGCGAUUUCUAUUUUUAUUCUCGCGUGCUGCAGAGACAUCUAUUAAACGGAACGGAACAGGUUUCAGAUUUAAUGUACAUAUUGUAUACCACAGGUUAAAAUAAUGUUUGAAAAUGACAAUUAGUUAUUAUUAUUAUUGUUAUUAAAGGAAUUUAUAAAAAUAAGUUUCUACAUUAAGUUAUAAACAGUCCUAUCAAUCAAUAUAAUUAUGGAUUCGUAUGUGAUACAGAUCAGACGUAUGUGGUCGAAUCAAGACGGAUAUGCUUUAGCGAAUUUAUUAUCUUUGAGACAUAGUCAUGUUUCAAUUCCACAAAUUGGAUCUGAAAUUGCAAUGACAAAGGCAAUGGAACAUCUACCUGCUCCCUUAGAUACUCUAGCACUUUAUCAUUUGAGAACUAUAACAGCAAUGGUAAAAAAUGAUGCAUUAACUAUGUACAAUUAUCAAAGUUCUGCAGUACAAUCUUUGACAAAAAUACUGCAAAUGCAAAAGGAAGAAAACUGGAUGCUACCUGUUAUGAACAUGAUGUGCCUAGAAUUGAGAUUAUUAGCAGUAUGUGCUGAAAAUAGAAAAAAUAAUAAAAGCUCUAAACCAGGAGAAAUCUUAGAAAAAUGUGCGGAUUGUCUAAUGGGUUGUUUUAGAGUAUGUGCUUGCGAUAAUAGGAGUUCAGAAGAUGACACAAAAAGAUGGGGAAUGCUCGCACUAGUUAAUCAAUUACUAAAGAUUUACUUUAGGAUCAAUAAAUUACAUCUAUGUAAACCUUUAAUACGAGCAAUAGAGUCAUCCCCAUACAAAGCACACUUUGCAUUAGCACAACAAAUAACGUAUAAGUUUUUUGUGGGACGUAAAGCAAUGUUUGACAGUGACUAUAAAGCAGCUGAUGAAUACCUAACAUAUGCGUUCGAACAUUGUCACAAAAAAUCCUUGAAAAAUAAAAGACUAAUUUUAACGUAUCUCGCACCUGUAAAGAUGUUAUUAGGUUACAUGCCAAAACAGAGCUUGCUAGAAAAAUACAAUUUAAUGGAAUUUUGGGAAUUAAUGGAGUCUGUUAAAAAGGGAGACUUACGUAAUCUUGAAAAAGUAAUGGAGAAGCAUGAGACUUUCUUCAUAGGAGCUGGAAUAUAUUUAAUUGUGGAGAAAUUAAAAAUAAUAGCUUAUAGGAAUUUAUUUAAGAAAGUAUAUUUAGUACUAAAUAUACAUCAGAUUCCUAUCCUGAAUUUGCUUUCGGCUCUGCAGAUGCAUGGAUUUAACGAUGUGGAUAUGGAUGAAACAGAGUGUAUUGUAGCAAAUUUAAUAUAUGAAGGAAAAAUUAAAGGAUAUAUAUCUCACCAACAUAAAAAAUUAGUUAUAUCUAAACAAAAUCCUUUUCCAAAAUUGUCAACAAUACCAUAAUUAUGAUGUAUUGGUUAUAUCCGCAUUUUUUAAAUAAAUAAAUGAUUUAAAUACAAAC